GCUCUAUUUGCAUAUGCUAUAGUUACAAUCUUAAAGCUUUGAUUUUUCUGAUCAAUCAUACUUGUAUAUUGUUAGAUAUGAUUUCCCUUAGUUGUCUUUGUCAUUCUGCAAUGAAACCCAGUUGUAGAAUCAUGAGUAGUAUUCGAAAGUCUACGCUUUUCGGGUUUUCCCCUGUUAAAAUCCAUAAUGGGUCAGCAAAGAAUGGAAAUUUAUCCAAGUUUUGUGUCAAUUUUGAGCAGAAGAGUCAAUAUCAUACAUACCCAGGUCGUGUUUUGGGAUUUGGGAGUGUUUUGAGUGAUACCCAGAAAGCUUUUAAGGUACCCAAUUGGAGUUUUGGCCAAUCUGGGGUUGUAUCUAGGUCGUUUAGUACUAGGGGUGGUUGUGUCAUUGCUGGUAUUGAAUACAAGGGUCGUGAGUUUUCGACAUCGGUGGAGACUCGGGUCAAUGAGAACAACUUUGAGAGGAUUUAUGUUCAGGGUGGUGUUAAUGUGAAGCCUUUGGUGGUGGAGAGGAUUGAUAAGGAUGAGAAUGUUGUGGGGGAGGAGCAGUCUAGGAUAGAAGUUGCUAUUGAUGAAAAUGUGGAGGGUGUGGAUGAGCAGGCUAAGGUUUUGAGUUCGGAGAGGGAGUUUUCGGACAUUGAGAAGGAAGCGUGGAGGCUGUUGAGGGAGUCGGUGGUGACGUAUUGUGGGAGUCCUGUUGGGACUGUGGCUGCAAAUGAUCCGAAUGAUAAGCUGCCAUUGAAUUAUGAUCAGGUGUUUAUACGGGAUUUUGUUCCGUCGGCGCUUGCUUUCUUGCUCAAGGGAGAAGGAGAGAUUGUGAGGAACUUCCUGCUUCAUACAUUGCAAUUGCAGAGUUGGGAGAAAACUGUUGAUUGCUAUAGUCCAGGGCAGGGAUUGAUGCCUGCAAGUUUUAAAGUGAGAAUUGUGCCUCUCGAUGAGAAUAAGUUUGAAGAAGUUUUGGAUCCAGAUUUUGGUGAAUCAGCAAUUGGUCGUGUCGCACCUGUGGAUUCUGGAUUAUGGUGGAUUAUUCUGUUGAGGGCUUACGGAAAGAUAACUGGUGACUAUGGAUUACAAGAAAGGGUUGAUGUUCAGACAGGCUUGAAAAUGAUCCUGAACUUGUGUUUAACUGAUGGCUUUGAUAUGUUCCCAUCUCUUUUGGUCACAGAUGGCUCAUGUAUGAUAGACCGUCGGAUGGGUAUACACGGUCAUCCCCUUGAGAUCCAAGCCUUAUUUUACUCGGCUCUACGGUGUUCCCGUGAGAUGCUUGCCGUAAAUGAUGGAUCCAAGAAUUUGGUAAGGGCUAUCAACAACAGACUCAGUGCUUUGUCAUUCCACAUCAGAGAAUAUUACUGGGUGGAUAUGAGAAAGAUGAAUGAGAUAUAUCGAUAUAAGACCGAGGAGUACUCUACAGAAGCUACCAACAAGUUCAAUAUCUACCCUGAUCAAAUUCCUUUAUGGUUAAUGGACUGGAUUCCAGAGGAAGGUGGAUAUUUUAUUGGCAAUCUACAACCAGCUCACAUGGACUUUAGGUUUUUCACUCUUGGAAAUCUUUGGUCUAUUGUUUCAUCUUUGGGUACUCCAAAGCAAAAUGAAGCUAUAUUGAAUUUGGUUGAAGCCAAGUGGGAUGAUCUUGUGGGGCAUAUGCCACUUAAGAUAUGCUAUCCUGCCUUGGAAUAUGAAGAGUGGCGUAUAAUCACUGGCAGCGACCCAAAGAAUACUCCUUGGUCGUAUCAUAAUGGUGGAUCUUGGCCCACACUUCUGUGGCAGUUCACAUUGGCAUGCAUCAAGAUGGGCAGAACAGAACUAGCUGAAAAGGCAGUUGCUUUAGCAGAGAAGAAGCUUCGAGCUGACCGCUGGCCUGAAUAUUAUGAUACCAGAACUGGGAAAUUCAUUGGAAAGCAAUCUCGACUUCACCAAACGUGGACCAUUGCCGGGUUCCUUACAACUAAAAUGCUGGUGCAGAAUCCAGAGAAGGCAGCCUUGUUAUUCUGGGAGGAAGAUUACGAGCUUCUUGAGAUAUGUGUUUGCGCACUUAGCAAGAGUGGCCGGAAAAAGUGCUCCAGAGGUGCAGCAAGGUCUCAGAUUCUUGUAUAAGGUAACCAUUCUUUCAAAGGCAACUUUGCCGUUGAACUGUACAGCAACCACAUUAGGAUAGGAUACGGAAAGAAUUGGAUAGAGAACAGUCUUCAAUUGGAAGCGUAUAUCAUAAAGUCAUGUGAUAUGUUCUACACAGUAAUGAUUGGUUUUGUCAGCCGAUUAAUUAGUUGAGUUGAUCGGAAUAGACACUUAAAAUGACAAGUAUGGAGGGUACCUCGCACCUGAUCUAAUCUUUGUCAUUGCAUGUAAAUUACAUAUCAGUUUUCACUUGUUUGUUUGAGUUGAUUUUUCUAGAUAUUUUUACUUG